UCUAAUACCCAACUACAAGCCCCGAGUUUGUAGAUGGGGCUGCUCAGCGGCGCCUGCGGCUGAGGCAGAGCAGCGGCGGCGGCGGGAGCUGAGGAGCGGCGGCGCGGAGGCGGCCGAGGUGCGAGCCGCAAUGCAGCAAGUCUUGGAAAACCUUACGGAGCUGCCCUCAUCUACAGGAGCAGAAGAAAUAGACCUAAUUUUCCUCAAGGGGAUUAUGGAGAAUCCUAUUGUAAAAUCACUUGCUAAGGCUCAUGAGAGGCUUGAAGAUUCAAAACUAGAAGCUGUCAGUGAUAAUAACUUGGAAUUAGUUAAUGAAAUUCUUGAAGAUAUCACCCCCCUAAUAAAUGUGGAUGAAAAUGUGGCAGAACUGGUUGGUAUACUCAAAGAGCCUCACUUCCAGUCACUCUUGGAAGCCCAUGAUAUUGUGGCAUCAAAGUGUUAUGAUUCACCUCCGUCAAGCCCAGAAAUGAAUAAUUCUUCUCUCAAUAAUCAGUUAUUACCAGUAGAUGCCAUUCGUAUUCUUGGAAUUCACAAAAGAGCUGGAGAGCCAUUGGGUGUAACAUUCAGGGUUGAAAAUAAUGAUCUGGUAAUUGCCCGAAUCCUUCAUGGAGGAAUGAUAGAUCGACAAGGUCUGCUUCAUGUGGGAGAUAUCAUCAAAGAAGUCAAUGGCCAUGAGGUUGGAAACAACCCAAAGGAAUUACAGGAAUUACUGAAAAAUAUUAGUGGAAGUGUCACCCUAAAAAUUUUACCAAGUUAUAGAGAUACCAUUACUCCUCAACAGAGUUACACCAACAUGGAGAGGCAUCCAGCACACAUGCGUCAGGUAUUUGUAAAGUGUCAUUUUGAUUAUAACCCAUACAAUGAUAACCUGAUACCCUGCAAAGAAGCAGGAUUGAAGUUUUCCAAAGGAGAAAUUCUUCAGAUUGUAAAUAGAGAAGAUCCAAACUGGUGGCAGGCUAGCCAUGUGAAAGAGGGAGGAAGCGCUGGUCUCAUUCCAAGCCAAUUCCUGGAAGAGAAGAGAAAGGCAUUUGUUAGAAGAGACUGGGACAAUUCAGGACCUUUUUGUGGAACUAUAAGUAGCAAAAAAAAGAAAAAAAUGAUGUAUCUCACAACCAGAAAUGCAGAAUUUGAUCGUCAUGAAAUUCAGAUAUACGAGGAAGUAGCUAAAAUGCCUCCCUUCCAGAGAAAAACGCUAGUAUUAAUAGGAGCUCAAGGUGUGGGCCGAAGAAGUUUGAAAAACAGGUUCAUAGUACUGAAUCCCACUAGGUUUGGAACUACAGUGCCAUUUACUUCACGGAAACCACGGGAAGAUGAAAAAGAUGGCCAAGCAUAUAAAUUUGUGUCACGAUCAGAGAUGGAAGCAGAUAUUAAAGCUGGAAAGUAUUUGGAGCAUGGGGAAUAUGAAGGAAACCUCUAUGGAACUAAGAUCGACUCUAUUCUUGAAGUUGUCCAGACCGGACGAACUUGCAUUUUGGAUGUCAACCCACAAGCACUGAAAGUAUUGAGGACAUCCGAAUUCAUGCCCUAUGUGGUAUUUAUUGCGGCUCCAGAGCUAGAGACGCUACGUGCCAUGCACAAAGCUGUUGUUGAUGCAGGAAUCACUACCAAGCUUUUGACGGACUCUGACUUGAAGAAAACCGUGGAUGAAAGUGCACGGAUUCAGAGAGCAUACAACCACUAUUUUGAUUUGAUCAUUGUAAACGACAAUCUCGACAAAGCCUUUGAGAAACUACAAACUGCCACAGAAAAACUAAGAAUGGAACCACAGUGGGUCCCAAUCAGCUGGGUUUACUGAUGAUUCAAUAAGGUUAACAAUUAAAUAAAACUUUUAAAAAGUGACUCAACAAAUAAAAAUCUUGUACUGAGAAAGUACAUGCACAGAUAGAAGAUACCUGCCAAAUCUAGGCAUUUUUAUUGUGUAGAUUGAGAUAACAGUACACUAUUCUGAAUUUUUAUAUAAAAUGUGGUUGAAAAGGUGUACUAAUAUAUAAUUUAUCUUAAUUUUUCUAACUUUCUAUGGAUAAUCUUUCUAUUCAUAUCAUAAAGAAAUGCGUUGAAGCAUUUUGUAUAUGUUUUGAUUUAGUACCCUUGCCUUUUUCAUCAAAGGAAUUUUCCAGUCAUUCACACUAACAUUGGUCUCACAUUUUCACUGUGAUAAUGAAUACUUGAAAUAGUUUUGUAAAGCUGUUGUUCAGUUCGGUAUUUAACUAGUGAAGGGUCACUUACUCUAAUUAGAAGAAAAUAGUAGUUAUUGACCUACCUUCUUGAUCAAAUUUCUUACAGAAACAAAAUCUUAAUGUCAGUGUCAGUUAGUCUUCUACCAUUUAAAGACUUGAACAUCAAAAGUCUGUUCAAGGCCACGUAUUUUUCAUUAUUUCAGAGAUGUAUGGCUAUCCAUUCUAAUUUGUACAAAUAGAAUAGUCUUUUCAUUUCUGUCGU